UUUAAUUCAGUCCAUAUUAUUUGUCUUGAUAUCUUGAUUAUCAUGUCCCAAGAUAAAUCUGAUCCAAAUAUAAACAAAGCUGUAACAGUCUGAGAAGCUAAAGUCAAAUGGUCGUAACUAAGAACGGUCACUGAUCUGUCUUCAGUGUAAAAGGCCACAAACAGAUUUCAACCCUCUGUUUCCUCUGAGCUCAGUUCAGAACCUCCAUUAGAAACCUGCCCACAUUAAACCCUCAGCAGCUCCUGGUUUGUCGCUGACGCUGACGUCACUCCUCUGCAUCUCCGGUGGGAAACCGAGUCUCCAUUGUGUUUUUAUUUGUUGUGAGUUUUUGUAUCAACACAACAACAUUAAUUAAACAGCGACGACGGGUGAACUGAUGUUUUACAUGUUGUAUUUUCCCACAGAGGAAACAGAGACAGAAAACCUGUGUUUAUUGUUUGCAGUUUGGUGGGAGCAGCUCGAGUCUGUGCAGGUCUGAGGCUGAUAAGAACCCAGACUGGAGGAUUAUGGUAAUAACAGGCUGCCACUGACUGACUGCUGGGUCCCAUCACUACAGAGUGGGUGGGCGGGCUGCGGACGCUUAUCACUGUGUUGCAGUGGGCGAUUCUUCACAGUCACAUGACGGGCGACACCUUGAUUCACACUGCAGCUGGACAAAGAACAGCUCAGCGCUUUUAUCACCAAACGAGGACGAAAUGACGACUCGAUGGUGCAUGUUGAUUGUCUUAAAAGCACGAACGAUCCCGUCAGUCGACUGAAAUCUGACUGUUUCUGAAAGCAAAGGGCUCUGACCAGCAGAUAUUAUCUGUAAUCAUCAGUAAUGAGUUUUCACCUUCAUGUCGUUUUUAAGAGGCGGCACCGCAUUUUUCAAAUGGUCGUAAAACUCUGUGACUCCACGGCUCAAAAACAAAAUCUAACCAUUGUCAACAGCUGAAAACAAACAUUUGCAGGUGAAUGGCUUCUUUCUUGGUCAAAAAGCGACAAAGAACCAUUUCUGCGGCGUACCCCGCCAUCAACUCAUCAGAUAAGAGCGCUGCUCUGCGGCUCCUUCAGCAGAGCCGGUGACCUUCAGGUUCCAAACAAAAACCUGUUUCCUGAAGGUUUCUUCUGUUCACAGUGAGAUUGCAGGAAAAAAAAGAAAGGAGGAGGUUUGGUGCAUCUUUUUCCAGGACGCAGAAUGGGAUGAAACUGUAUGUACAGUUGCCAAGGAGACGGCAGGCAGAGGGGUAGUUAAAGGCUGUUAACCCACACACCCUGUGUUUUCAUUCACUCUGCUUCUGUCUCUCUGCUCCGUCCUCAGGAACCACUUCAGGAGACACAACACAGGUAAGACUCCAGUUUUCAUACAACACUCAGGAUUCAUGUCUCCUCUUGUUGCAGCUGUGUGACUCUGUCAAGAGGUGAAGGUUGAAUCAAUGAGAAGAAAUAACUUGAGUCUGUUUGAGCUUUUAGUUUUUGCUCUGCGGUCAUGUUUCUUGCAGCUCAGAGGAAGCGGAGCCGAGGGACUCUGCAGCUUUAAAUGGACAUAAUUGAGUGUCAAUGAUCAUCACAUCAGCUGCAGAGUAACUAAUGCAGGCAAUCAUCGAGCUUGCACGUGCUCAACCCCCCCUCCUCCAAAACAGAAAUCAAAAAAGUGAGAGAGAAAGGUUUUCCCAUCAGCAGCCUCAGCUGUGCGUCCGUCACGCUCACUUCCAUUCUCAUUUCUCCUCUGGUUGCAGCUCGCUGGAGCCUGCGCUCAGGAAUUAUCUGCUGUCAGGAACCUGCCCGGGACGCCGCCGUGCCAACAGGGACCGAGGUGGGGGGGGGUUGCUGAGCCAUGCUGUCCGCCGCCAUUCAGAUUCUGGCGUUCGCCCUUGCGCUCCUGGGCGUCCUCGGCGCCACCGUAGCCACCCUGCUACCCAACUGGAAGGUGAGCACCAACGUGUGGUCCAGCAUCAUGACCCCCAUCUCUCAGAUGCAGGGUCUGUGGAUGGACUGUGUGUGGUACAGCUCCGGCGUCUUCAGCUGCACCAUGAAGAACUCGAUGCUGUCACUGCCGGCAUAUCUGCAGACCACACGAGCCGCCAUGGUCCUGUCCUGCAUGGUGGCGACGUUUGGACUCUGCCUCGCCUCCCUGGGGCUCAAAUGUACCCGCUGGGGGGGCAGCCACCGAGCAAAGGGGCAUACGGCCAUUGCUGCAGGAGGCUGCUUCAUCCUGGCCAGUUUUCUCUGCCUGGUCCCGGCGUCCUGGUUCACCAACGAAGUCAUCACCGCCUUCCUGACCACGGACCUGCCAGAGAGCAGUAAAUAUCAGCCUGGAGGAGCUCUGUGUGUGACGUUUAUCUCCGCUGGAUUCCUUCUGGCUGGAGGGGUCAUUUUUUGUUUGUCGUGUCCCGGAAAGAGAACGAGACGACCGGACUACGCUUCCUCCGCCAACCCUGACAGACCGGUGCUGUACCGAGAUGAACAGCAGAGGCGGGAGCUGCAGACCGAGCGUGACCAGCCAAAAAAAAGACAAAACAAAACUGUCCAGCUGCAGAUGGACGAGGUGAAGCAGGAGAAGGCUCUGAAGGAGAAACCUGAACAGGAUCAGGAGCAGAGACUCUACUCGUCUCCGUCCAAACUCCCUCCAAAAGACAUCAAGGACAGCUACAGCCUCCAGGAGUAUGUUUAAUCCUCAGGGCAGAGCCAUGAAAUGUGGAGUUUGUAGCUGAGACUUUCCGGCUCAUGGGCUGGGGGAGGUGUGUUUGAGGGGGAAUAAUUACCAGAUGUAGGAAAUGACAGAUUGUGGAUUCAGCCGAAUGUCUCAGAAAUGAGACGGAAAGCAAAGAACAUGAAGAGGAGAAAAAUAAACCGCACAGGAACCAAACACUGUAAAUCCUUUAAAAGCUGCCGCAGCUUUCUCAUACCAAAGGUCUGAAGGCAAAAAAAAAAGAGCUGAACCUGCUGAUCAUAAAAAAAGAAAGAAAGCACAUCCAAGCUCUGACUGAUAUUGAAAAACCAUCAUUUUCCAUCUGUAGAGGCUGUCUGCCUUCUCAGAUUAACUCCUGCUCAUGCAGAGCCGGCCCAAAGCUUUCUGAGGCUCGAAGCUGCCAACCCCCCCUCCACCACCUAACAGACACAAUGGAAAGAAAUUAUAACUAUAUGAGACAAUUAUAAGUUGUCAAAUGAAAUUAAUAGAUAAAAACAUAGUAAAUUUUAUAUAAACUGCACAAAAACCAGAGGAUGAUACAACGUUUAAAGACUCCAAAUCCAGAGAAUAGUUUUGAGGAUGAAGGUUAAAACAAGUCGCUGGAAACAUAACUGUAAAAUAUUCUAGAUAAUUUGUACGUGUAAUACUACUAAUGAUAUGCAGUCAAAAACCAGCUAUUCAGAAAUAUUUAAACCAAGUAAAAACCAGGUGAGACCAAACCAACUGAACUGACUAAGCUCAACGUUAGCUUCACGGUGCAUUCCAGUUUUAAAUUUCUCAGUUCCAAGUCGGAAGUUUGAACCUGAACGCCUCCUGAGGUCAGAGCAACCCCGACAUAAGAAUUCAAGAUGGCUGCUAUUGACAUCAAUAAUAGUGAACACUCUGCUAAUGUUACUGUUUAUAAUGUAGAGCGUUUUUAUCAACUGCUGUUGCCAACAAAUGGCUAGCCUAAGUUACAUUUGAAACGGUUCACAUUCAUGGUUUAAUAUUUCUUUUUUCUCAAUCAGUUAAAUUUGAACUGCGUCUUAAAAACGUUCUAAAGUGUUUACAUUAAAACUUUACGUUAACAACUGAGAUGAGACCAGCUAUAAAGGCUCUGUGAGCGUCCAUGUUUUUCCAACUUCUCAACUAGAACGCCGUCACUCCCAGUUCUGAGUUCGCACCAUAAGAAACAUCUAAUCUGACUCUUUACAAAAUGCUGUUUACUAAUGAUGAAGACUUUAGUUGGUGCUUUACGAAAAAUCUAAAAAUAUGAAAUUCAAGACAUUAUGCCAGUAACAUCAGGCUAAAUGACUACAUAGCAUCAGCUGCCUUAGCAUAAUCAAAUGACUUUACACACAAACUUAACAAUGGAUUUACAAACCUGAUGUUGUUUCAGUUUGUUUGUUAUAUUAUAAAGGUUUAAAUAAAUCGUGCACAGGACAUCAGAAUAAGAAGCUAAGAGUGCUGGUCUAAUUUCUUGUUCUUCACCAACAGACGAUGGUUGAAAAAACCACAUUUCAAAACCUUUUCUGCAGAGGUCACUUUUAUGGAAAGUGCACAAAGUAUAUAAACGUAAGCUAUUGUACCUUAAUCUGAUUUUGUUUUUGCUCAAGAUGAUCUAAAAAUGUUCUGUAGGACUUCUGUUACAAAUGCAUCUUAAAUCAUGACAAAAACCGAAUAGUGAGACUGAACUAGAGUUCAGAUCUUCCUCCGGUGUUGGGGUCUGUUGUGUCUGCUUUGGGCCGGUUCUGAAAUCAACAGUGAUUUUUGGAAAACGUUUCCAACCAUCUGUGCAUGUUGUCAGUGCUUUACAGCUUCAUUUAGUGACAGCUGCUGUUGUAGAGAUUGUGCCUGAAGCAAUAAAAAACAUUGUUGAGCGAAAUGAGUCCAGAUCCAAAGCAUCAAAACGUCUGCGUCCGCUCCAUCUUUUCCCAGAGGUCCACAGAGAGGCGGG